UCACAGGACCCUUCCCCUUUAGCAACAAGCCAGUCAUCUCGCUAGCUUUGCUGCUUCCUCUGUCCGUGAUGGCGUCCAAGCAGAUACUCGUCGUCGUGGUCGCCGCGGCCGCCCUCGCCGUGGUCUUCCUCCCGGGGCUCGCCGUCGCCACGGAGCACAUGGUCGGCGACGACAAGGGCUGGACCCUCAACUUCAACUACACGGCCUGGGCCGAGACCAACCAGUUCGUCGUCGGCGACACAUUAGUGUUCAAGUACAACAGCCCGGCCCACAAUCUGGUGGAGGUGGGCGGGCCGGACUUCCUCUCGUGUACCAAGCCGGCCAACGCCGUCGUCCUGACCACCGGCGAGGACCGGGUCACGCUCGACAAGGCCGGACGCAAGUGGUUCUUCUGCGCCGUCGGCCAGCACUGCCAGAACGGCAUGAAGCUCAAGAUCACCGUCCUCGAGACCGGUGCACCAACUCCCCAGCCGGCCCCGUUCGCAUAAUAAAAGCUGGGGCAACCCCGACCAACCCCGCCGGCAAGCUGCAGGCGCGCUUCGGUGAGGCAGCUGUGGCAGUCACCGCGCUCGCCGCGGCCGUGCUCGUGCUCUAGGGCCCACGGUGGCACAGUCCCAUUCCAUCCUCUUUACAUAUAGCCGAGCAUUUUAUUAUAUGAGAGAUCGAGAGAUUGUUUCGUGUGUUGUGUGUGUUGUUAUUCUUGAUGUUAGCACAUCGUUGUGAAUUUGUGUUUG